GUGCCCUAAACAUAUCUCUUUAAUAAAUGCUCUCUCUCUACUCUCUCUCUCUCUCUCUCCAUUUUUAGAUCUCUCCGGCUCUGUGCUGGCAGUGUUCUUGUUUGGCAUUUCUCAGAUCUGAAACUUUGCACGCUUGGUGGCAGUUUCAUUAUUCCAUUUCCUGCAAAGCGGUCUGGGCUGCUGUUAUUUCCCAGAUCUGGGUUUUUUGCACAUAUGAAAAUGGGUGCGUUAUGAAAUUGGUGUUGUAUGAAAAAGAAGCAAAGCAAUUCAAGGCGUAGGGAGUUGAUGAGCACUCUAUGAUUGGAGUGGUCACAUUGGUGGUGGGUGUGCGGAAGAGUUGUUGUGGGGUUUGGGAGGGGAAGUGCAUGAGGGAUCUAUGUUUUGGGAAGAGUUACAGGAGAAUAAGGUGGGACUUUGGGCUUGUGAUAAGGAGCAGUGGUAGAUGGGGCAAAUGUGGCUGAUUCUUGCGACAACUUGGAAUUUUCCUCUCUGAAGUCCUCGAUCUUAGCUGCUUUAGAGGUUAAAAAAAACGAGGUUUUUCAGUACUUGUUUCCAAGAUUCCCUUAAAAUGCAGCAGGAUCACCGUAAGAAGAAUUCAACGGAGAUGGACUUCUUCUCUGAAUAUGGUGAUGCCAAUAAGUACAAAAUUCAAGAGGUUAUAGGCAAAGGAAGUUAUGGUGUUGUCUGUUCAGCAGUUGACACUCAGUCUGGUGAAAAAGUUGCAAUAAAGAAAAUACAUGAUAUUUUUGAACACAUCUCUGAUGCUGCUCGAAUUCUCCGCGAGAUAAAGCUGCUCAGGCUUCUACGGCAUCCUGAUAUAGUUGAAAUUAAACACAUUAUGCUGCCGCCCUCAAGACGGGAUUUCAAAGAUAUUUAUGUUGUUUUUGAGCUCAUGGAGUCAGACCUUCAUCAAGUCAUCAAAGCUAAUGAUGAUCUGACAAGAGAGCACUAUCAGUUUUUUCUUUACCAGCUGCUGCGUGCAUUGAAGUAUAUUCACACAGCAAAUGUUUAUCAUAGAGAUCUGAAGCCUAAAAAUAUAUUGGCGAAUGCUAAUUGUAAACUCAAAAUCUGUGAUUUUGGUUUAGCAAGAGUUGCUUUCGGCGAUACACCUACGACAAUAUUCUGGACGGAUUAUGUGGCUACGAGAUGGUAUAGAGCUCCAGAGCUUUGCGGAUCAUUUUUCUCGAAGUAUACCCCUGCAAUUGAUAUAUGGAGUAUAGGGUGCAUUUUUGCUGAGGUGUUAACUGGGAAGCCACUGUUCCCUGGGAAAAAUGUUGUUCAUCAGCUGGAUCUGAUGACUGAUCUGCUUGGGACACCUUCAUUAGAUACCAUCUCUCAGGUUCGAAAUGAGAAGGCAAGAAGAUAUCUUACUAGCAUGAGGAAAAAGCAACCUGUGCCAUUUGCACAGAAGUUUCCAAAUGCUGAUCCUCUGGCACUACGAUUGUUGGAAAGGCUGCUUGCAUUUGAUCCAAAGGACCGUCCAACUGCUGAAGAGGCAUUGGCUGAUCCAUACUUUAAGGGACUGGCCAAAGUUGAGAGGGAGCCUUCUUGCCAGCCAAUUACAAAGAUGGAGUUUGAGUUUGAGAGGCGUAGAGUUACGAAGGAGGACAUACGUGAACUAAUUUUCCGGGAGAUACUGGAGUAUCAUCCUCAACUUUUCAAAGACUACAUGAAUGGAACCGAAAGGAAUAAUUUUCUAUAUCCCAGUGCCGUUGAUCAAUUCAAAAAGCAAUUUGCACAUCUUGAAGAAAAUGGUGGUAAAAGUGGGCCUGUAAUUCCGCUUGAGAGAAAGCAUGUAUCUCUCCCUAGGUCGACCAUUGUCCAUUCAAAUACAAUCCCUCCCAAAGAACUACCCAUGGCUGCCUUAAAAGAAAGGCAAAUUGCAUUGGAAGUAUGCAAUAAGAGCUCUGGAGAUGCAGACGGAAUUCCUGGAAAAUUGUCGAGGGCAGUAGCAGCAUCACAAAGGAUCACUUUGGCCAAACCAGGAAAGGUUGCGGGGCCUGUUGUACCAUAUGAGAAUGGAAGCUUUGCCAAAGAUGCCUACGAUCCAAGAGCGAUAAUCAGAAAUGCUGUCCUCCCAACCCAAGCCGUCCAUCCUGCAUACUGUUACCACAGGAGUAGCACUGGAAAGCAAGAAAGAUCUGCAACAGAGACUGAGAAGGGCUUGGUAUUGCAAGCAAAACAGCAGGCCCCUCAAUGUGGUAUGGCAACCAAAGUAGCCCCUGAUGUAACCAUUAAUAUCGACACAAAUCCAUUUUAUGUAACAAGAGCAGGAGUGACAAAGGCAGACCAUAUUGAUGACAGAAUCACCAUUGAUACAGAGUUGUUGCCGGUGAAAGCUCAGUAUAGUGGUGGGAUUGGUGCAGCUGCAGCAGCGGCUGCACACAGGAAGGUAGGAACUGUACAGUUUGGUAUGUCCAGGAUGUAUUGAGAGAGAGAGAGAGGGGUUGGGUGGGUGUAGCGGGGGCCAGCUGAACGGAGAACAAUUCCCAAACGGAGUGGGGAUCACUUUUUUGCAGGGAGUUGGGUUGGAAGCGACGGAUGUCUGCUGGUUGCGUUAAAAGAAGGCUGCAUUCUCCCCACUGGGACACGAUUUAUGUAUUGCUCUCGAGAACAAUGUUAAUGAAACUAUACCUUCAUUCUCACAAAAAAAAUUUCCUUCCAAAGCAUAAAACACCUCAACUCUUCAAAGGUCAUACUCCAUACAACCUAGCUAUAAUAAUAAUAAUAACCUGGCAAACACAGCAAAUGAUUCUAUCAUGUAGAAGCUGACGGCAGAAUAGCAUGUGCGCAAUGAGAGGAAUGUUAAUGAGUU